AUGGGUACUCCGUCCAGCGCUUUCCAUACCGCGUCGGCGGAUAAUGCGACGGACGAUGAUCCAUCGGGCCCCUCUGAUUCAGUUUUCUACCAUGAUGAUGCAGACCCUUCUUCUCUUCAGUCGCCCGACCAAGAUAGCUCAAAACCCGCCAAGGAGUCCCUCCCCAUGCAGAAGAGGCGCCGUGUAACCCGCGCUUGCGACGAAUGUCGACGAAAAAAGAUCAAAUGUGAUGGGAAACAACCAUGUACCCAUUGUACCGUAUACAGCUAUGAAUGUACCUAUGACCAGCCAUCGAACCGUCGCCGUAAUCCGGCCCCUCAGUAUGUGGAAGCCCUUGAGGCCCGUCUACACAAGGCCGAGGCGCUCCUUCGAGUCGUUCUACCCGACAUCAAUCUCGACGAUCCCCGGUUUGAUGAGCAUGCUACUGAACAAAUGCUAGCCGCCGUCAAGCGCGAAAAACACCAGCCACAGCAACCGCCCGUAAUCACCAACGGCUCGAAUCCCCCGGCCGUUGCUGCGGGCCCUGCGGACGCUCCAUCAGAUAACUGUUGCGGCGAAGAAUCUCUACUCGAAUCAAUGGUGGAAAAUUCAGGUUAUCUGGACUUGGACGAUCAGGGUCACUGGGAUUAUCAUGGGCACACCUCCGGCAUCACAUUCCUCCGACGACUUCGAAAGCAAUUGGGCACCGUUGAUAUCUCGGCGCCGGCGAUGCGAUCGCGACCUAUGUCACAGAUGUUGGACAGUCCCAAGUCGGCAUCAGAAUCCCCGCAGGAUGCAUCACUACCACCCACCCAUGACCUGCCAUCACGCGAUGUGGCACGACGUCUGUGUCACAAUGCCUUGGAAGAUGGUUGUUCUCUGAUGCGAUUCGUUCACGAACCCUCGUUCUACGCCAUGUUAGAUCGGAUCUACGAUACCCUGCCGGAGCAGUAUACCAACGAGGAGCAUGCAUUUCUGCCACUCCUCUACAUUGUGAUGGCUGUCGGUUGUUUGUUCUCAGAUGACGGGACUGGCACCCUGGAUCUCUCCGGUUAUGAAAGCGCCAUCGGCCAAGGGUUUCAAUACUUUAAGGCUGGCCGGCAGCUCUUAGAGAUCACCGACUGCCGCGACUUGACCUCUCUCCAGGCUAUCUGUUUCAUGGUAUUGUUCUUGCAAUCGUCUGCCAAGCUGAGCACUUGUUAUUCUUUUGUCGGCAUUGCCCUUCGCUCUGCCCUACGCCUGGGCCUGCACCGCUCGGUAUCAGCCAACUUCAACCCUCUUGAACAAGAGCUGCGGAAACGCAUCUUUUGGGUUAUUCGGAAGAUGGAUGUCUAUGUCAGCACGCUCCUGGGACUACCCCAGAUGCUAAGCGAUGACGACAUCGACCAGGAAUACCCAAUGUCUAUCGACGGGGAGUUCAUCACCUCGGAUGGCAUCUUGCCCACGCCGUCAGAUUAUACGCCUCUCAUGGCAGGUGCCAAUGCGCACACACGACUUUCGAGCAUUAUGCUCAAAGUGGUGAAAUAUAUCUAUCCGGUUAAAAACGCUCAGCACCGGUCCAAGUCAGACCAACGUUAUGUUGUAAGUCACUCCAAGAUCCGGGAGAUUGAGCGGGAUCUCCAGGCUUGGAUGGAGGAGCUACCGGCGGCUUUGCGACCUGGGACCGAGGUGUCACCUCAACUGGAGAGGGUACGGCAAUUGCUGCGCAUUAGUUAUGCCCAUGUACAAGUAGUCAUGUACCGCCCUUUCUUACACUAUGUCUCGAGUGGCUCUCAGGCCCGGGGCGUCGAUCGGCGGUCCUACGCCUGUGCUGCUGCAUGCGUUAGCGUCUCCCGAAACAUCGUCCAUAUCACUACCGGUAUGCAUAAGAGAGGUCUGCUUAACGGGUCCUAUUGGUUUACCAUGUACACCACCUACUUUGCUAUCCUCUCUUUGCUAUUCUUCGUGCUCGAGAAUCCCGACUCUCCCACGGCUAAAGAUGGUGUGUUGAAGGAUGCUAUGGAAGGCAAGAACACUUUGACAGGACUGGCAAGGAAGAGCUUGGCGGCGGAUCGGUGCUCCCAAAGCCUCAUCUGCUUUUUCAAGAAUCUUCCCGAAUUAUUAAAGAACCGCCAAAGCAAAGCGAACCCGGUGAAUCUAAAGCGCCCUGCCCCGUCCAGUAGCAACAAACUGGGCAAUGCUAAAAGCCCUACGGCCCCGCCUGCGAUGCCUCCACCGCAGAGAGCGAGCACAUUCCCUAUUCAAUUACUGAACAGGUCGACCAAAGAGGCCAGUAAUAUGCCCAAGAGCCUAGAUGACAACCAUCCCCGUCAUAGCCGAUCGAAUUCCCGUCCAGCGAAUACACCGCCCCCCUGGUUUUCCUCCACGCCCGAACCAUCCAUGGAGGCCAUAUCAACCCCGUCAGAGACGCAGGCCACCGAGUCCAUUGCUGCCUCAUCCAACACAUCUCCCCUUCCUGUGUCCAUGUCGACGCAAGACAUGCCCUCGAGUCCAUUCGUCGGCCAGCAGUUCACAAACCCAACUAACCUUCCUGAUCUUAUGCCCAUCAUGUUUCCCUCUGAUGAUCCUUUUGCCUACCCUACCCAGCCGAUGUCCACCUUGGAGAAUGACCAUUUCCGGCAGGACGGCGGGGCCAUGCAAUUCGGGCGGGAUCUUGCGACACAGCGAUCAAUGCCGCCUGCUACUGAUCCCACCAACGCCAUCGGGGUAUCAACACCGACUCUAGAGGGCCUGGGUAAUUUUCCCUUGUUCUCCAACAACAACACCCCAACCCUCAUGAAUGCGGCUCUCCCUAUGCGCCUCGCAAACCCCCCUUCUGUGAGCCAGUCGCGGUUACAGUCGCCUGUUUCACACGCGUCGACCCCGACGAGUGGGGAGGCAGUCAACAGUCCCGAUCUGGUUUCUCUUCCGAACAACAAUUUUAUGUGGCAAGGGUACAACUUCCAGCCGCCAAACCUCACCACUGAGCAGUCAACGCAGCCGCCGAUGCCAUCCGGGAAUGUGCAGAACUUCGGCAUGGGCGUUGAGGACAACUCCAUGGGGAUGGGCAUUGAUUUGGGGAUCUCGCUGGACGAUAUAUUUGGGAACCCCGAUGCGUGCCGAGCUGGCAAUGGACUUCCCAGUGACGAUUGGAUCCAAUGGAUGAAUGUCGGAAACUGA